CGACCGUUUUUCGAAACUUUGAAAGGGAAAAAUACGCGCUAGCUCGAUGGAAAUAACACGAAGACACAGCUUUCGCUGCGAUCGUUCGAAUGGUGCCCAAAACAAUCAAAAAUGAUUGCGUUUAGCGCGAUCUAAGUGCGCCCGAAAGUGUCGUCGAAAACAGCGAAGAAGCCUCGGCCAGUCCAUGGCGCCUCGACGCGGCCGCUACUGGGGCCGCGUACUCGUCCUCCCUCCCCAGCCCGCAAACUUGUCUGCGCAAGCGCACAAGCAGUCUCUUCUCGCUAGCUUACCCUUGCCUUCUUUUCUCUUCCUUUCUUCUCCGCUACGAGGCCAACAAUGCGAUGUUGCCACCUUGUUUCAACUCAUUUUUCCGUCACCAUAAUCUUUACAAUUAAAUUAAUUAGUAAAAAUAAAACUCAUUUUUACUGCUUCCCAUGGUUAUUGAUAACUUCUUAUUGACGUUCAAACUGUUAGACACUAUGUCUCCGUCGGAUAAUUAUGACCAUCAUCUCGACGAGCAAAAUGGGUUGUGGAUAUGGCAUUGGCGUUGGAGGCAGUAUCCUUACUCGAGAAGACAGCUGUUACCAAAGAAGCUCUCGAGACUACACGACUGGGGAGGCUGGUGAAUGAGAUGAGGAAGAAGACCAAAAAUGACAGUUUGGCACGGAGAGCCAAAGACCUGGUCAGGCGAUGGCGAGAUAUGGUAUCAAAACCAACAGAGAAUGGUACAGGAGGAACUGGUCAAGGACCUGGCAUGCAAGGUGCUUCCUUAGUGAACCAUUUGCGUGUAGCAGGCGUGAAAAAUUCAGUUUCGAGUCCGGCUUUGUGUGAGAUGGGCCGAACGGCUAGUCCAGCUCUUCCGAGGCCAAUUCACAACCUCGCAAUCUCACCCACCAGUCCGGCAUUUCGCGGCGUUACCCUCAGCCCAGCAUUGCAGCGAAAGUCCACUCAGUCAUCGGGUGGUUUGCAGCUUCAGCAACAACGUGUCAUCAGCCCCAGCAACUCUGUGGCCUCCAACGCCAGUACCAGUCCCGGUUUGAGCUUUUCCCUCUCUCAAACACACUCCAACUCGUCAAGACCAUCUACCCCUUCCUCCCUGGUGGUCAAGUCAAAAGCGAUCAGUCCUGGUCCUGGCCGACCGAUGAUCGAAUCUUCAGAGUUCCCAUCUAAAACUAAUCAUCACCGAGGGUUAAAGCGAACGAGAGACAACGAUGAAGAGACGAUGACCGGCUUCGAGCUGUCAGGAAAGCGAUCAAGAGGCAGUAAUGGGGUAGAUUGGCCUUGGGUCGAUGAGUGCAGUCGGGACAGUAACCUAAGCUGGUCUGGUGACUCGCUGCGGAUGACAAACCACAGCGCCUUAGGUGGUGGAGAGGAUCGCUCUGUUUCUUCCUCGUCAAAAGCGUCCAGGCCUCCCCGUGCAAGAAGCAAGAUAGAUACAAAUGUCAAACCCGAACCACCUAGUGAUGUACUCAGAGAAAAAUUCGCCUCAAUCGCUAGGGUGUCUAAGGUUAAAACAACGCAGGAGCUGCUAGAAGAUUUGGCACGUCGAAGUGGCUCACCGAAUUUAGUAGUUAAAUCUGAAGUUCAGUCUGUGCAUCAGCAACAACCUGGAGCCAUACCGGCUUCAAGUGAAGCCCGGCAGUGGCCCGACGCCAAACAGGAGCUCUUAGAUAAAUUUUUCCGGUCACAUUCGACUGAUCGUCGUAACGAUGACAGCACCAUCACGAGUAGCAUCGUUAACAAGACCAAAGCUACCUCCGCCAUUAGCGAUCCAGUGGCGGAAAUUUAUGCUCGCCUACCUCCACUCGAUCCUUCAGUUGUCGCUUCCAUGUGGAAAGAAGAAAUCGCUGAACAAGAAACGGAGGAAAGGGAUUCCACCACAUCCAAGCGUCCAGUGACUGAUGAGGACGUCGAACUUCUGCACAACGGGCAAGUGGAUGGCGUGAAUGGCACGCAUGACAAAAUCGGCGAAUUCCACAGUUGGCACGAAACUCUUACGGUCGCCUCCUACCAUGGAGAUCCUCUCCAUUUAUUGCCUUACGUCGUGAUCGAGUGAUUCCUCCCCCUAUACUGUUCGAUCCGAGGCUUGUGAAGUAACCCAACUGUACAAAGUGUAAUUUUUCUUUCUCUCUCUCCUCCUUCUCUUCCUCCCCAAAGAUUGUAGAAACGACUUGGGCGCCGAUUGAUCGCACAUUUCUUGUUUGCUGAUAUAUAAAAAAGAGUAACUAAAACGAACGGCAGGCCACCACCGCACAUUCAAAGGAGAAAAAUUUGACAAGGUCCAAGCUGUAGCUGAUAUUGGAUAAUCGUAAAUAUCAUUGCGAUUGUCGUCAGCUUCGCUUUUUUCUAUUGGGUUACGGCGUACAUCAUUUAAGCUGACACCCUCCGGAGGCCUUGCGUCUGUGAUUUUCUUUUCCCCUUUGACGGUGCGUUGUGCGGAUGUUGACGAAACUGAACGUGACGGAGAGGAAAAAGAGGAGGUUAAACGCCGUAGAAGUCCCGCCGCCUCUACAGUAAAACACAAAUGCCACAAAAAAAUCAUUAUAUUAAUCCAAGACGUUUUC